AAGCAGAGCAUGCAGCUAAAGAAGGAAAUCUCCCUACUAAACGGCGUCAGCCUCAUCGUGGGCAACAUGAUCGGCUCCGGUAUCUUCGUUUCUCCCAAAGGCGUGCUCUUCCACAGCGCCUCCUACGGGCUGUCGCUGGUCAUCUGGGCAGCGGGCGGGCUCUUCUCAGUGGUGGGCGCCUUGUGUUAUGCCGAACUGGGCACCACCAUCACCAAGUCAGGGGCGUCCUACGCAUAUAUCCUGGAGUCUUUUGGCGGUUUCCUGGCUUUUGUGCGCCUGUGGACCAGCCUGCUGAUCAUCGAGCCCACGAGCCAGGCCGUCAUCGCCAUCACCUUCGCCAACUACCUGGUGCAGCCGAUCUUCCCCACCUGCGAGCCGUCUUACGCCGCAUCGCGCCUCAUCGCCGCCGCUUGCGUAUGCCUCCUCACCUUCAUCAAUUCGGCCUAUGUGAAAUGGGGCACCCAAGUGCAGGAUAUGUUCACCUACGCCAAGGUGGCCGCCCUGAUUGUCAUCAUCAUCACAGGCAUCGUCAAGCUGUGCCAGGGUUACACUAGCAACUUCGAGUCGUCCUUCUCUGGCUCCUCCACAAACCCCGGCGACAUCGCUCUGGCGCUCUACUCAGCGCUGUUCUCCUACUCUGGCUGGGACACGCUCAACUUUGUCACCGAGGAGAUCAAAAACCCCGAAAGAAACCUCCCUCUGGCCAUCGCCAUCUCCAUGCCUGUUGUCACCAUCAUCUACAUCCUCACCAACGUGGCUUACUACGCAGUGCUGGACAUGAGCGCCAUUUUGGCCAGUGACGCCGUGGCCGUGACAUUUGCAGAUCAGACGUUAGGCGUGAUGAGUUGGAUCAUCCCCGUCGCCGUGGCCUUGUCCUGCUACGGUGGCCUUAACGCUUCCAUCAUCGCCGCAUCCAGGUUGUUCUUCGUGGGUUCCCGUGAAGGUCACCUCCCUGACGCGUUGUCCAUGAUCCACACCGAGAGAUUCACGCCAAUACCGGCUCUCAUCUUCAACUGCCUGAUGACGUUAAUCUACUUGACGGUGGAGGACGUAUUCCAACUCAUCAACUACUACAGCUUCAGCUACUGGUUCUUCGUGGGUUUGUCCAUAGCAGGACAGAUUUACCUGAGGUGGAAGGAACCGCAACGAAACCGACCGCUCAAACUGAGCCUGUUCUACCCAGUGGUGUUCUGCCUGUGCACCGUGUUCUUAGUGGCCGUGCCACUUUACAGCGAUACGCUCAGCUCCCUGAUCGGCAUCGCCAUCGCUUUGUCGGGGGUGCCCAUCUACUUCUUGGGUGUCUAUUUGCCGGAGUCCAAGCGACCGCCUAUCAUUACCAAGCUGCUGCGUUCUCUGACCCACAUCACUCAAUACACGUGCUUCUGCGUCCUAACAGAUACAGACAAGAGUGACUAA